CAGUCUCGCCAAUAAAAGAACCCGACGCCUUCACACACACACGUACACAGACACCAGUUGCUGGCCCUGGUCGCGGCCAAUCCCCUCAGGCGAACUCACCGGAGGUAGGAGCUACGAGCUGCUUUGUUUAUUCAAGAUUGACGAACGUUCCUCUCUCUUUCACUCUUUACGCCAAGCUACAUCUCUCGCUCGCGCCCCACGUUGAGUAAAUAUUUCUUUUGGAAGAAGCAUAAAAUCUCAAUUUUUCAUCAAAUGGCAUUGGUGGUCAUCUGUGGGCAGCCAUGCAGUGGGAAGUCCACAGCUGCCCUCUUCCUAGCUGAAGCUCUCAAAGAAUCAGAAUCAAAGCAAACUGUCAGGAUUAUUGAUGAAACUUCCCUUCAUCUUGAUCGCAAUCAGAGCUACGCCAACAUGACUGCAGAGAAGAAUUUAAGAGGAGUGCUUAGGUCUGAAGUUGAUAGAUCUGUGUCAAAAGAUAAUAUCAUAAUAGUAGAUUCUUUAAAUAGCAUAAAGGGUUACAGGUAUGAGUUGUGGUGUUUGGCUCGUGCUGCUGGAAUAAGAUACUGUGUGCUAUAUUGUGACAUCGAAGAAACCAACUGUAGAAAAUGGAACGAAGAACGAAGGGACAAGGGAGAAGCUGCUUACGAUGAUGUGAUAUUUGAAGAUUUGGUAAGAAGGUUCGAGAAACCGGAAAGAAGAAAUCGAUGGGAUUCCCCUUUGUUUGAGUUAUGGCCACAUAAGGAUGGAAUAGACAAAUCUUGUGCUGCUAUUUUAGAUGCUGUUUCAUAUUUGACGAAGAAGGUGGACUCAAAAACGCAGGAUGUAAAAAUUUUACAGCCAACAAUCGCAACACAAAGUGUACGGUUUUCAGAGGCAAAUUCUCUAUAUGAGUUGGAUAGAGCAACGCAGGAAGUGAUUAAUGCCAUUCUGGAAGCACAAUCUCAGGCACUUGGAGGGCCUCUAAAUGGGGUUUCUCUGGGCCAGGAAUUCCCAACUUUCAAUAUUUCAAGAUCAGUUGGGCUGCCGGAGCUACGCAGGCUGCGGAGAACUUUUAUUAAAUUGACCGGACAGACGAGUUUAAGUGGGCGACCACCGCCAUCUGAUGCAGACAGUGCCAAGAGGAUGUUUGUGGACUACCUUAACAGGGAACUGGGAACUGCUUGAAAGAGUACAAUGUCGAUGAUGUUAAGGAGUUAUCUAUUAUGGGAGACGUCUUUGGACUAAACUGAUUUUUAUAAUGGAACAAUGAAGAAAACAGAAGACAAAUCACAAAAAAUUUUGCACUUCCAUUCUAGGUUAUGUGAGACAUGGGGUUUUUUCUACCAACAUACAUAUAUUAAGGGCUUUGUAUUUCAUAAGAUUUGUACUGUGCUGCAUAUGUUUUGAAUUGUAUCAGGGUGUUUGGUAAUAGGACCACCAAGCUAUCAUUUGAUUCAUUUCUA